UGCGUGCGAUACAAUGUUUUGAGCUUUCUCAGACUCAGUCGAGUUUAUGAGUGAAUGAAUGUGGUGGCUUUGAAGCCCAUUAGCAGUUCUCUACAUUAGCUUGAGAAACUAUGGAUUCUCUAAUUCGUGGGUCGUUUACUAUACCUUCCUGUCUUCAGUGUUCUCCUGCGGGAUUAUCUGCCAUAACAAAAGGUCGCCAUGUACCAGUUCAAUUUUCAAAUCAAAGAUCAUGGACCAGCCUGAAAGCAUACAACUGUGAAAAAUUGGAAGGAUAUCUGAUGAACCAUUACGUUAGAAGCAUUGGAUUAAAGUCAGCAUCUUAUCAGAAAUAUGACAAGAAGUAUGUUGUGAAUGCCACCUCCGGACACUCUGUAGAAUCUGAGCCCGAGGCUUAUAAUCCCAAGGACAUUUGGGAAUCUAUAAAAACUGCCUUAAAUGUUUUCUACCGGUUUUCUCGGCCCCACACAGUUAUAGGCACAACGAUGAGCAUAAUCUCAGUUUCUCUACUUGCUGUCAAGAGCUGGUCAGAUUUCUCUCCAUUAUUUUUCACUGGGUUACUGGAGGCAAUAGUUGCUGCACUUUUCAUGAAUGUUUACAUUGUUGGUUUAAACCAACUGUUUGACAUAGCGAUAGACAAGGUUAACAAGCCAUAUCUUCCACUUGCAUCUGGAGAAUAUUCUGUUUGGAUGGGUGCCACAAUCGUUAUUUCUUUUGCUAUUAUGAGUUUUUGGCUUGGAUAUGUUGUUGGUUCUUGGCCAUUGUUUUGGGCCCUUUUCAUCAGCUUUUUACUCGGAACUGCAUAUUCAAUCAACGUGAGUUUCUUCCCCCUUUUCCCCCCUUCCCUAAGGCUAAUCUAA